AUGCCUUUCGAAGCUCGCGUCAAGUCUGUCCUUUCAGGCGAUACUGUCGUGCUGUCGCAUGUGACCAACCCUACACAAGAGCGCAUUCUGAGCCUUGCUUAUGUGUCUGCUCCCCGAUUAAGGCGAGAGGGUGAUGAGGUAUAUGGAUUCCAGUCUCGUGAAUUCCUUCGUGAACUCCUGGUCGGCAAGGUGAUUCAGUUCCACGUCGUGUACACUAUCCCCACGGGCGCCAAACGCGAAUAUGGUAUUAUCAAACUGCCUGGCUUUGAUGCUCAAUUGCCCGAUAUCAGUGUCCAAGAAGGAUGGAGUCGGGUCCGUGAGGAGGCAGGCAAGCGCAGUGAUGAAUCAGAGGAAACAAUUGAGCUCCUUGGUCGAUUGCGGGCGCUGGAGGAACUGGCUGAGAAGGAAGGCAAGGGUGUCUGGGCAUCUUCUUCCAACGGCCAGAUUGAGACAAGCUAUGAACUGUCAAAUGGUUCGGCUUUGGUAUCAAAGUAUAAGGGUCAGCAGCUAGAAGGUAUUAUUGAGAAGGUCCUGAACGGUGACCGUGUUGUACUGCGUCUGCUGUUGUCCCCGGAGGAGCACCUGCAGGCUGUAGUUGCUGUGGCUGGUAUCCGGGCACCUGCAGCUAAGCGCACAACUGCAGAGGGCAAGGAACAGGCUAGUGAGCCAUUCGGUGAUGAGGCACAGCAGUUUGUGGAGACUCGAUUGUUGCAGCGUAAGGUGAAGGUUUCAUUGCUCGGCGUCACCCCACAAGGCCAGCUUGUCGCUACACUACUGCACCCGAUGGGAAACAUUGCGCGCUUUGUUCUGGAGGAGGGUUUGGCCCGCUGCCAAGAUCAUCACUCUGCUCUUCUCGGCGCCGAUAUGGCUCUUCUCCGCCAGGCUGAGAACACUGCCAAGGAUUCUCGCAAGGGUAUUUUCACUGGUCACGUCGGAUCCAAGGCCAGUGCUGCCGCUGCCGACUACACCGUUACCCGAGUCUUGAACGCUGAUACUAUCUUUGUGCGCAACAAGGCUGGUGAUGAGAAGAAGAUUAGCCUUACUAGCAUUCGUCAGCCUAAGCCAUCUGACCCUAAGCAGGCUCCUUUCGCUGCUGAUGCUAAGGAGUUCCUGCGAAAGCUGGUUAUUGCUAAGCACGUUAAGGUCACCGUUAACGGCAAGAAGCCUGCUACUGAGGGAUACGAGGAGCGUGAAGUCGCUACUGUGAUUCAGGGCAACGUCAAUGUUGGUCUGUCUCUCGUGGAGGCUGGUUACGCCUCCGUUAUUCGCCACCGCAUGGAUGACGAUGACCGAUCCCCCGACUACGAUUCUCUGCUUGUUGCAGAGGCUGAUGCACAGAAGGAGGCCCGUGGUAUGUGGUCACCAAAGCCACCCAAGGGUAAGCAGAUCGUGGAUUACUCCGAGAAUGCCCAGAAGGCCAAGCUUGAGGUUGGUGUGUUGCAGCGCUCUAAGCGUAUUCCUGCUGUUGUCGACUUUGUGAAGUCUGGCUCCCGCUUUACCGUCUUGGUCCCCCGUGAGAACGCCAAGUUGACUCUUGUCCUGUCCGGUAUCCGUGCCCCCAAAUCUGCCCGCGGGCCGGGCGAUGCUGGCGAGCCCUUCGGCCAGGAGGCCCAUGAUCUGGCCAACCGUCGCUGCAUGCAGCGCGAUGUUGAGAUUGACGUUGAGACCGUUGACAAGGUCGGUGGUUUCAUUGGAACCCUCUACGUGAACAAGGAAAACUUCACCAAGGUCCUGCUGGAGGAAGGUCUGGCUACUGUUCACGCCUACUCUGCUGAGAAGUCUGGUCACGCCAACGAAUACUUUGCCGCUGAAGAGCGUGCUAAGGAGGCUCGCAAGGGUCUCUGGCACGAUUGGGACCCCAGCAAGGCGGCCGCCGAGGCCGAGGAAUCAGAGACUGCCAACGGCACUGGUAACGAGAGCGAGGCUGUCUCUACUCAGCGUCGCAAGGACUACCGUGAUGUUACCGUCACCUUCGUUGACCCUGCUUCUGGUCGUCUCAAGCUCCAGCAGAUUGGUACUGGUACCAGCGCGCUCACCGAGCUCAUGUCCGCUUUCCGUGCAUUCCACCUGAACAAGUCCAACGACACUCCUCUGUCUGGUCCCCCCAAGGCCGGCGACUGGGUCGCUGCUCAGUUCACCGAAGAUGGCAACUGGUACCGCGGUAGAGUGCGCCGCAACGACCGUGAGAAGCAGACCUCCGAGGUGCAGUACGUUGACUUCGGUAACUCCGAGUCCCUGCCCUGGUCCAGCCUCCGUCCCCUCGAGUCCCAGUUCUCAAGUCAGAAGCUUCGUCCUCAGGCCGUUGAUGCGGUCCUUUCUUUCUGUCAAUUCCCCACCGCCCCCGACUAUCUUGAGGAUGCUGUGAACUUUGUUACUGACCAGGCCUUUGACCGUCAACUCGUUGCUAACGUUGACUACGUUGACUCGGACAACACUUUGCACGUUACUCUUCUGGACCCGGCUGUGUCUAAGAGCCUUGACCAGAGCAUCAACGCUGACAUUAUCGCUGAGGGUAUGGCCAUGGUUCCUCGCAAGUUGAAGGCUUGGGAGCGCGCUUCGCCUGAUACUCUGGAGACUCUCCACUCUUUGGAGGAUGAGGCUAAGAGCGAGCGUCGCGGUAUGUGGGAGUAUGGUGAUCUGACCGAGGAUUAA